AUGGUUCCAAGACCAAAGAUAAAGUCUGUUAUUGGAAUUGGAUGGGUCUACCAGAAUAAGCUUGAUGGUGAUGGCAUUGUUGUACGGAACAAAGCCAGACUGGUUGCUAAAGGUUACUCCCAAGAAGAGGGAAUUGAUUAUGAUGAAACCUACGCUCCAGUUGCACGUCUUGAGAGUAACUAUGAGAUGAGUAUGAUGGGUGAACUGUCAUUCUUUCUUGGUCUUCAAGUAAGUCAGAAAGAUGAUGGGAUCUUCAUUUGCCAAUCAAAAUAUGUCAGAGAUCUUCUGAAGAAAUACAAUAUAGAAGACUCUUCACCGGCAAAGACACCCAUGACCACUGCCGCUAAGCUUGACCAGGACAUAUCUGGUAAGAAAGUUGAUAUUUCAAGCAAUAGAGGAUGCAGGAUAGACAGGAAAAGAACUUCUGGAAGCUGUCAGUUUCUAGGACAACGGUUGGUUUCCUGUUCCAUAUGGGAUAACCGCACCACUCUGUCCACUUAUAUUGGUGUAGUUGUUCGGGAACGUGUAAACAUCAACUACAAGAAAUGGCGUAAUGUUCCAAAAGAAGUCGUCAAUGAAGUGUAUGAGUUUAUUGGAAAAGGGUUCGAAAUUCCAGCUAAUAGUAAAUCUUGGGUCUUAAGGAAAGCUUCCAUUCGUUUUAGAGCUUUUAAGACUAGAUUAAGGAAGUUUCGGGUUCACAAAUCAACCGGAAAAAUAAGGAAAACUGUUCCAUGGAAAUAUCCUUGGAUAAGUCAAGUUGAUUGGGAUAAAUUUGUUGAUUACUGUACCAGUCCUGAGUAUCAGGAGGUGAGUAAAAAGAGUAAAGAAAGAUCUUUGAAAAAGAAUACAAGCUAUAGAGGAGGUUGUCGAGGCUACUUAUAUUAUGAGGAACAAAUUACAAAAGAACUUGAGAAGCAAGGUAUCCAUGUAACACAGGUGCCUCUACAUUUAGUAUGGCUCAAAGCACAUUCAACGGAAGAAAAUGGAAAGUUGAUGUUCAAGAAUCCAGCAGAUUUAGAAAUCGCCAAAGCAAUUAAAUCAUUAGAAGCUCAAUCUGAAAAUGGUGAAAUUAGCACCAAGGGUCGGAAAGAUAUAUUAGCGCAUGCAAUCAACAAGCCUGAGCAAGGUGGUCGGGUCCGAGGAAUUGGAUCAGGUGUUACAAAUAAACAGUAUUUUGGGUUUAACCGACCGACACCUCCCAAUCAAUUGCGGGCUGAACUCAUUCAUAUGAAACAGGAUAUGGAAAAUAUGAAAAAUAAUCAAAAAUUUAUGAUGUCUUUCAUCAUGUCAUGCUCUUCAAUCAGCCAAGAACAGUUGGGGCAAUUCUUGUCAAACUUUGGGAAUAAUUCUUGCAAUCCACUUAAUGAUAAAUUACAUAGUUCUCAAGGGUUGGAUGGUUCCGAGUUUGAUGGUUUAGGUGGCCAACAUAGUGGUUUUGAUAAACAAUUUUGUGCAUCUGGUUACCAAGUGCCGGAAAAUGCCAGAACAGGUGGUUUCAUUAGUCUAGUUAAUGGCUUUGGUGACCAAGGUCCAGUUGAUGCUCACAUGGGUGACUUUGCCAUUGCUUCACAGCAAGUGCAAGACGAAAUUGAGCCCUACCAUGUUGCUUGGCCAGAACAGCCUCAAUCUAGAGAUGAACACAUCAUUAAUGAUUAUACAUUUCCUCAGGUUAAGGAUUUAAAUUUGAAAUUCUUAAGAGCUCUUCCUAAAGAAUGGAAACCCAUGAUAGUCUCUUUUAGAAACACUCAAGAAUUUAAAGACUAUACUCUUGAGAGACCGUAUGGAACCUUAAAAACUUAUGAGCUUGAAAUGGAGCAAGAUGAAGAGAUAGAAAAGAGUCAAAAGAAAGGACAUUCAUUUGUGGCUCUAGUUGCAUCUCUUGACAACUCUGUCAAGGAUAAAGGAAAAUCCCAAGUUGAAGAAACUGAGAAGUUGGUCAAAGAAGAAAGCACAGAAUCAAGCAAAGGAAAAGGAAAAGCAAAAGAUGCAACUGAUUCUGGUGAAGAAAGCAAUCCCAAGCCUGACAGAAGCAUGGUAGAUAGAUCCAAGUUCAAGUGCUUCAACUGUGGAAAUGCAGGUCACUUUGCAAAUGAAUGCAGAAAGCCUAAAGUUGAGAAGAGCUUUAGUCCUGCUAAGAGUGCCUCGUACUCGUCCUGGUUAUUGGUUUCCGUGAAUUUGAAAGAUAUAGCAGUCCUGAUUGUGAAUCCGGAUGGGCUUUUUAAGAUGAGUCCAGCUCCUGACCUUUCUGUUGUAGAUGAUCCGUCGACGUGA